GGUCCCGCCGCCGCCGCUGGUCGGGGACGGGCCGGGCAGAAGCAGCAGGAGGAGCGACGGCCCCACAGCUGCCCUGGUGCAGCCCGCCGUGCGGCCCUCCUCGCCGCCGCUCCUCACCGCCAUGAGCACAGGGCAGGCCGCGGAGGAGGAGGCGGACGCUGCCGCCGAGCCGCCGGCACUGCCCAGGGUGCUCUCGGCGCUCUUCUACGGGACGUGCUCCUUCCUCAUCGUGCUGGUGAACAAGUCGCUCCUCAGCGCCUACAGCUUCCCAUCACCAAUGUUUCUUGGAAUUGGACAGAUGAUAGUCACUAUACUUAUCUUGUAUGUGUCAAAACUAAUUAAGAUUGUUCACUUCCCUGAUUUUGACAAAAGUAUACCUGUGAAGUUGUUUCCUCUGCCUCUGAUUUAUAUUGGAAACCACUUAAGUGGAUUAUCAAGUACCAGAAAACUCAGUUUGCCGAUGUUUACAGUGCUCAGGAAGUUUGCCAUUCCACUUACUUUACUGCUGGAAAUCAUCAUACUGGGGAAACGGUACCCACUGAAUAUUAUAGUCAGUGUAUUUACCAUCAUUCUUGGAGCUUUCAUAGCUGCUGGGUCUGAUCUGUCUUUCAAUUUGGAGGGCUACAUCUUUGUGUUGCUAAACGAUAUCUUCACAGCAGCAAAUGGAGUUUAUACAAAGCAGAAAAUUGAUCCAAAGGAGUUGGGAAAAUAUGGUGUCCUGUUCUAUAAUGCUUGUUUCAUGGUGAUUCCAACAGCUACUAUUAGCUAUUUUACUGGAGACUUUCAGCAGGCAACACAUUUCCAGCACUGGACAAAUUUUUUGUUUGUCUUUCAAUUUGUUCUUUCCUGCUUUUUGGGGUUUCUCUUGAUGUAUUCUACUGUCUUAUGCAGUCAUUACAAUUCUGCACUCACAACAACUGUAGUUGGUGCCAUCAAGAAUAUAUCCAUCGCUUACAUUGGAAUGUUGAUUGGUGGAGAUUACAUAUUUUCCAUGUUAAACUUUAUAGGGCUAAAUAUUUGUAUGGCAGGAGGACUGAGAUACUCAUUUUUAACAUUAAGAGGAAGCAGCAAGCCUGCRCAAUCUGGGGAUGAAGUGAAUGCUGCUCCUGAGUCAAAGACUUAGACAAAAUGCCUGCCUUKAAUGAGACUGAAGAUACAAGUUUGUUUAGCAUCGCCGCGCUGGGAACUUAAAUAAGUAUAUGCUGGAACAUAUUGGGAACAGGAAAAAACAUCUACCUCAAUUGUCACAGACAUGCACACAAUUCACUGGCUCAGAAAUAUUCUUGCACACCAUGUUUUUACACAUAGACUGGCUGAAUUUUAGUUGGAUUUUUUUGGGGUUUUUUUUUUGUUUGUUUGUUUUUUUGUUUUUUUUUUUAACACUGCAAGUCAUUUUAUAGGAAGGAAUGCUAUAAGCAAAUCUCAAGUUGUACAUUUCUGCAUUUACCUGUACUUGGGUGCUAUUUCAACAAGAUCUGUGAGUUAUGUUUCAGUGACUGCCGGUAGUUUCAUGAGGCAAAACUCCCUGUAAAGAUCRUGAGGCUUGAUUUACCAUUGACUCAUGCCAUAUGCAAUCCUUGUUAUCAGUGAAGAGAGGAAAGGUCCCAGUGGUUCGGAUUGAUUUCAUGCAUGUUAUUUGCUCUUGGGUAAGUGGUAUAGAACAUAUGGGGCAAAGAGGAUAUGUGCCCCCAGAUUGUUCCCUGUGUAAGUAUCAACUGAAAAAUUCAGGCUAUGUAUGUGUGUGUUUAUGUACAUUGUGUAGGCAUUCUGUCUCUCUGUUUUACUCAUCCUCAACCACAMCAUGCUGUUCUGCUGCAAUUGGCACAAUGUUUUAAGUGAACCCUCAUAACUUUGCAGCAGAUCAAGGAGAGCAGGGAAAUUAUWGGGGAUAUUUUAAUAUAUAAAGACUUUUUGUUGUGUGUCUGCAAGUCAGUACCAACAAAGUACUGGCUGUUUUGGUUUAGGUAGAUUUUUUCCUUUUGUAUUACRGUCGUCUCCUGUGACUUUUGUCUGUAACCACGUUGCUGCAGAGAAGUGGUGCCACUAUGUAUGAGUAGGGAGGGGAAACAUUGAUAUACGGAAGACUGAUUUGUGUUUAAAUGAAGAGAAAUGGUCAGUGUCCUGUUGUGUCUUAUAUAUACAAUGAAAGCUUAUCGUGUACUAGUUUGUGCUUUGAAUUCUGAGCAAGGACUUAUUACAAGCCUGGGGAUUACUACAGUAGGCACAGCUGGUACAGUGGUUAAGAGGCCCAGACUGUGAUGGUCUGAGUUAUCAGCUGCGACAAUAAUGCCCAAAUACUUUUUUGAAAAUACAGUUGGUAAUGCUUACCUCUGAGGAUAAUGUUAAUCUUUGAAAACAUGAUAGAAGCGUUGAAGUGUUGGAAGACAGCAGAGUGAUUGAUGUUGUUGAAGUUCUCAAUUCCCUGGAAGCAUAAGCCAAGAUCUUUGAAAAUAAUCAAAUCGAAAGAAGAUUUUUAAAGACUUUCACAUGGAACCAGGGUUGUCUAAUGACUUGUUUGGUCCCUGCUUGAAUUAAGAUACAGCUAAAAAAAUCUGAAAGGCAUUAGUCUGUGURUAGCACAUGAAUGACCAGUCUGGAUUAGAUCUAAGAAACUUGUGGGUAACUCACACCAGAAGCUUCAGGGAGUGACUGGGCUUCCCACUGCCAGCUUGGAUUUGAGUGGCAAGAGGAGCAGUAACUGCAGAUACUAGGAGUGGAAUUUAAGGGCACAGUCAAAGCRAGAAGAGAAAUCUGAGCUAUCCAUUUGCUCACAGCUGGCUAAGAAUGUGACUUUCAUUUUCUACCUACUGAAGACCUGUGGAGGGAAAGUGUUGCUGCAAAUGAUUUUGAGUGAUCUUCUGUUUUUAAAGAUUUUCUUUAUACUGAAAAAGCCUUCAAUAUUUUUGAGUGUAUUCUUUUAUAAGACUCUUCUUUCUUGAGAUGUUCUCUACCUCCACUAUUCAAAAUAUUGAAUCUUGAUUCUYUGCCAUGAGACACUGUAUUGGAAGGUUUCAUUAAUUAUGAAAUUAGCAUGAGUGCCAUUUGAUUGCAAUACUGAUGAACACACAAUGGCACCUGCUAAAGAAGGUGUAGUUCCCACAAAGGAACAUCUACUGUGUGCAUAUAUUCAUUAAUAUUUUGCUGUACCUUUUAUAAAUAAAAAUAUAUG